AGUUUCUUGCUCUGUAGGUUGACCCUCCUCGCCAGAAACUCGGUGCGGGAUUCUCCGUUAAUUCCCUAUUUCGCUUCCCGCCUGGACGAAAUUGGAUGAUUUUUUGGCUGAAGCUGAAAGAUUUUUUCACAAAUUUGAGGGCAUCUCCAGCUGAUUAUACCGAACCCAGAGGGAAUCAAGAUUUCGAUAGAAAUAAUAACAAUAGUAAUUAGCUGACCGCUGAAGUAGUGAAGGGGAAGCCCUGAUGAAGACCCCUCCUUCUGCUUUCUACAAGAUCCCCGUCAAGUUCAGAAUCCCAACUGCUGAUAAUUUGGUACCUAUUCGACUGGAUAUUGAAAUUGAUGGCCAGAGAUAUAAGGAUGCUUUUACUUGGAACCCUUCUGAUCCCGAUUCAGAGGUGGUGAUCUUUGCAAAAAGGACGGUUAAAGACUUAAAGUUGCCUCCGGCUUUUGUCACACAGAUUGCUCAAUCAAUUCAAUCACAGCUGGCAGAAUUCCGAUCGUAUGAAGGACAAGAUAUGUAUGCUGGAGAAAAGAUUGUCCCUAUCAAGCUUGAUCUUCGUGUAAAUCAUACUCUCAUAAAGGACCAGUUUCUAUGGGACUUGAACAACUUUGAGAGUGAUCCUGAAGAGUUUGCUAGAACCUUUUGCAAAGAUAUGGGUAUUGAAGAUCCUGAGGUUGGGCCUGCUAUUGCCUUUGCAAUCAGAGAGCAACUUUAUGAGAUUGCAAUUCAAAGUGUAGUCUCAGCAAGAGAAAGCAGGAUGAACAAGAAGGGUCGUCGGGGGUUUGAAUAUACUCCAGUCAGUAAAGGAGGUACUACAGCAGUGGACUUGGUUAAGUUAUUUGGUCAGAAAUCUAGUGUUAUUCGGAAAAGAAAGGAGUGGGACGUAUAUGAACCCAUUGUGGACCUUCUGUCUAAUGAGGAAGUCGAUGCCCUGGAAGCAAAGGAAGAGAGAAAUUUCAGGUGAGUUGGUACAGGGUUGGUCAUUCCUUGUUGUCACAAGAAUAGAUCAAGAUGCACCAUUAAAAGCAAUGUAUAUGGCCUGUGCAGGCUAAGAUCCUUCUCCUCCCAUUUCCCCCCUCCUAUCCGGAGGAAAGAACUCUUUAGGUCCGUUUCCCACACAUGUAUUAAUACAAAAUAUAUUGUUGCCCGUCAUACUUAGGUGAUUUCUAGAAUUAUUAGGAGGCCCCUGCCAUCUCUCUCUCUCUAUCUAUCCAUAUAUUCUUGCGAACUCGAGCAGCUGCUGGAUAGUAACUUGAGGUUCGUUGUAACUUGUAACCCCAGCUUGUGAAGGAGGGGCAUAAAAUAUGGACAUGUUUGGUAAGUACUCGAGUUUUUUCAGAAAUCUUCGUCUACGUUUGAUGGAAACCGUUUCUGAACGAGACUUCAUAUCUAA